AUGACGGCGUUCUUCGCCCUCACCGGCGUCGCAGUCGGGGCGACGGUGCUCAGCCAGAAAGCCAUCGAGAAAAAUUUGGAGCGAGAGAUCGCCUUAGCCAAGGCGAAUGGGAUCGAACUGGACGAUUUGUAUUACGAUUUCGACCUCCCGGGUGAUGCGUACCCAUUCGGAGACGCCGAAGGGAUGGAUUGGGUGCCGAAGGAUUGGAAACCGCCGAAGAAGGGCGACGCUCGUUUCUUGCCGUCGCGAAUGUUGGGGAACGUGCAGUUGCGAAAUAAGAUGCACGAUCUCUCCAAGCGAUGCAGUGAAAAGGGUAUCGAUAUUUCGGACUUAUCGGUGCCGUUCGACGCGUACGAAGGAGAGUUUGACACGAACCAGAAGCGCAUGUUAGAGAUGCGUAAGCGUUUGGGCAUUUGA